UUGCGCCAAGUCUCGCGCCCCGUCGCUCGGAGGAGCCAACUGUCGCGGGACACAUCAAAUGGAGACGCCUCCCACAUGUACGCAGGUGACCACGGGCUUCCAGGCGAGUCGGAAGCCGCCGGCCACGGUCGACUCGAUCAAGCAGGCCUUUGAGGACAUCUCGUUCGAUCGCAUGCGACGCCACUUGACGGCGUCCAAGAAGCCGUUCGUCGUCAUCUCUGGUGUCUCGGUCGAGGUCUUCAACGCCUACUUUGAAGACGACGAAGCCGCUCCGGUCGCGCUGCGCUUUGUCGACCUCGUCAACGGCAGCAUCAUCAUCACGGACUUUCCGUCGGAGGCGCACGAGUAUUUCAUCGGCAAUUUCGAGAGCGAGUUCCUCCACGCUUCAGGCAAUCAUAAGGAGGUGCGUAAGAGUGGCUCGUUCACGGCGUCACGCGGCCAAGGCAUCAUGAAGAAGGCGGCCGACGCGACGUUUGGUCCAAUGCACGAUACGCUCAACCGAGGCCCACGGCCGACGCUUGAUGAAGGACCACCGCGCGUGUUGCGUGACGUCUCGGACUGGGUGACGCUAGCCGUCGAGGUCGGCUACGCGCAAGCGUGGACGGGGCUUCUUGUCGCAGGCAACUGGUGGUCCAACUACGUCGGCGUCAAGUACGUGGUUUUGGCGCGCAUCGACGAAGAGGCAACGACGCUGGAGUACCGAUUGUACGAGAUUGUGCUGGUGGGUGAUCUCGCGGUGCCGUCGCAGCAAGGGACGCUGACGGUCGAGGACGAUGCAGCUGCAGGUGAUCACACCCUCCGCUUCGACACGCGCGUCGUUUUGGCGAUUCCUCCUGGACUGGAUUUGCCGCCUCAAAUGAACGACUUUUGCAACGUGAACUUGCUCGACCUGCUCCAAGAAACUCGUCGCAGCAUGAUCAACGGGUAGCUAGAUAUGAUCUUGCAUCGUAUUG